UGGUAGUAUCGCGAGAAGAAGGAGUGUGCGUAGCGCUUAGAAAUCACUAUGGUGACAGGGAGGUUGGGAGGCUUCUUGGUAACUGGUCCCAGCUCUGUGGGAAUAAUCGCCACUGCUUUCCUGCAACUAAAGUGAAUGCAAUCAAGUGGCAUUUUAAAAUUCUGCUGAAAGUGGAGACAUGAGACUGAAGAUAUCUCUUUUAAAAGAACCAAAACAUCAAGAAUUAGUCAGCUGUGUGGGCUGGACUACUGCUGAAGAACUGUAUUCAUGUAGUGAUGACCACCAGAUAGUGAAGUGGAACUUGUUAACAAGUGAAACAAGUCAGAUAGUAAAGCUUCCUGAUGAUAUUUACCCAAUAGAUCUUCACUGGUUUCCAAAAAGUUUAGGCAUAAAGAAGCAAACUCAAGCAGAAAGCUUUGUCCUUACAAGUUCUGAUGGUAAAUUUCAUCUGAUUUCUAAGUUAGGAAGAGUGGAAAAAAGUGUAGAAGCUCACUGUGGAGCAGUUCUUGCAGGAAGAUGGAAUUAUGAAGGAACAGCAUUAGUUACAGCUGGAGAAGAUGGACAAAUAAAAAUCUGGUCAAAGACUGGGAUGCUAAGAUCAACUUUAGCUCAGCAAGGAACACCAGUAUAUUCAGUAGUGUGGGGCCCUGAUUCAGAAAAGGUUCUUUACACAGCAGGCAAGCAGCUGAUCAUUAAACCUCUUCAACCAAAUGCUAAAGUUUUACAGUGGAAAGCUCAUGAUGGCAUUAUUUUAAAAGUAGAUUGGAACUCUGUCAAUGAUCUAAUUUUAUCUGCUGGUGAGGAUUGUAAAUAUAAGGUAUGGGAUAGUUAUGGCCGUCCUCUGUACAAUUCACAACCUCAUGAGCAUCCUAUUACCUCAGUUGCCUGGGCUCCAGAUGGAGAAUUAUUUGCUGUUGGAUCGUUUCAUACUUUACGCUUGUGUGAUAAAACUGGGUGGUCAUAUGCUUUGGAAAAGCCCAACACCGGCAGUAUAUUUAACAUCGCGUGGUCAAUUGAUGGCACUCAGAUCGCUGGAGCCUGUGGAAAUGGGCAUGUUGUUUUUGCACAUGUGGUGGAGCAGCGUUGGGAGUGGAAAAAUUUUCAAGUAACAUUAACUAAACGAAGGACCAUGCAGGUUCGUAACGUUCUUAAUGAUGCAGUGGAUUUACUGGAAUUCCGUGAUAGAGUCAUUAAAGCAUCUUUGAACUAUGCACACUUAGUUGUUUCAACAUCUCUUCAAUGUUAUGUGUUCUCUACGAAGAACUGGAAUACACCUCUUAUAUUUGAUCUAAAAGAAGGAACUGUUAGUUUAAUUCUGCAGGCAGAAAGACAUUUUCUUCUUGUAGAUGGUGGUGGUAUCUAUUUAUAUUCUUAUGAAGGCCGGUUCAUUUCUUCUCCAAAAUUUCCUGGAAUGAGAACAGAUAUUCUGAAUGCACAGACUGUAUCUCUGAGUAAUGAUACCAUAGCAAUAAAAGACAAAGCUGAUGAAAAAAUAAUCUUCCUUUUUGAGGCAUCAACUGGAAAACCAUUAGGUGACGGGAAGCUUCUUUCUCAUAAGAAUGAAAUUUUGGAAAUUGCUCUGGAUCAAAAAGGACUUACCAAUGACAGAAAAAUUGCCUUCAUUGAUAAAAAUAGAGAUCUCUAUAUCACCUCAGUGAAACGAUUUGGGAAGGAAGAACAAAUUAUCAAACUUGGAACAAUGGUGCAUACUUUGGCAUGGAGUGAUACAUGCAAUAUCCUUUGUGGACUUCAGGAUACUCGAUUUACAGUGUGGUACUACCCCAAUACAGUUUAUGUCGACAGAGACAUUUUGCCUAAAACAUUAUAUGAAAGGGAUGCAAGUGAAUUUAGUAAAAAUCCCCAUAUUGUGAGUUUUGUUGGAAAUCAGGUAACUAUAAGAAGAGCUGAUGGCUCACUGAUUCACAUCAGCAUAUCACCAUAUCCUGGUAUUCUCCAUGAAUAUGUAAGCAGUUCAAAAUGGGAAGAUGGUGUAAGACUUUGUCGUUUUGUUAAGGAGCAAACCAUGUGGGCUUGCCUAGCUGCUAUGGCAGUUGCUAAUAGAGAUAUGACUACCGCAGAAAUAGCCUAUGCAGCAAUUGGUGAAAUUGAUAAGGUUCAGUACAUCAAUUCUAUAAAAGAUCUUCCAUCUAAAGAAUCAAAAAUGGCUCACAUACUAAUGUUUAGUGGGAACAUACAGGAGGCUGAAAUGGUACUUCUUCAGGCUGGCCUUGUUUAUCAAGCGAUCCAGAUCAAUAUUAAUCUCUAUAACUGGGAAAGGGCACUUGAAUUGGCUGUAAAAUAUAAAACACACGUUGAUACAGUUCUUGCUUACCGGCAAAAGUUUUUGGAGACAUUUGGUAAACAGGAAACUAAUAAACGGUAUUUGCAGUAUGCAGAAGGUCUCCAAAUAGAUUGGGAGAAAAUCAAAGCCAAAAUUGAGAUGGAAAUUACCAAAGAACGAGAGCAAUCAUCAAGCAGCCAGUCCAGCAAGCAUAUAGGUCUAAAGCACUAAUCCUUGCUUACCAUUAAGAAAUUUUACCUUUUGAAACAUUCUGAUUAACCAAGGAUAAUUGUAUUUUUAUUGCUAAAGAAAAAGGCAGAAUCUUUAAGUAUAAGUACUUGCUGUGUAUUUACCACUAAAAAUACAUUCAGAAAGACUAAGCACAAAAUAAUUGAUGCAGUUUCAUCUUUUAUAUAGUUUAGUCCAAUAAUUAGCAAAAUAUUCUCAUAUACUUAUGAUACACCUAUGUAGUAUUGCUUACAUUCCAGUUUUUGUCCAUUAUUUUAUCCCUGAAUCAUCAGCAUGAACAAAUAUUAAUGCUCAUAAUAAAACAUUGGACCCUUUAAAAUGUA